AGUCGCCUCCGAAAGCUACCUCUGCCUUUUUCACCCUCCUCCAUCCAUUCCCAGCUGCUCCAUGCUGCUGCCGCCCUCUCGUCCUCUUCCCUUCUUCACGUGUAGUCUCACCUUCCUCGCCAUCGCCAUCAUCGGAGCUCGGUCUGCCCAUGGAGAUGACCUAGCUAGCUAGCUAGCUAGCUAUAGCCUCUCUCUAGACAUCUCUCUCUUGUGUGUGGGUGGUUUGGUUUCUUGAUUGGAGCAUGGCGUUGGAGGCGGUGGUGUUCUCGGAAGGAUACUACUUCGGAUGCGGCGGUGCCAUGGCGGCGGAAGCAGCUGCAGGAGGAGCUUGGAGCUGGAGCCACGGGUAUGGCGGUGGCGUUGAUCAGGGGAAGGGGGCGAUGGAGUUAGUGGUGGACGACGGGGUGGUGAACGCCUUCUGGGACGGCGGCGGAGGCGGCGCAAGCUCUUCCCCGGUGAUGGCCGCCGUCUCGGGGUUUAUUGAGGAGCCGGACGGCGGUAAUUCCUCCGUCGCAGACGCAGCGCCGCCGCCGGAGCACGGAGGUGCGUCUGUCGUCGGACGGGAUGGCUCCGCGGCGGCGCCGGCGGCGGCCGCAGGGAGGAGGAAGCGGCGGAGGGCGAGGACCGUCAAGAACAGGGAGGAGGUGGAGAGCCAGCGCAUGACCCACAUCGCCGUCGAGCGCAACCGCCGGAAGCAGAUGAACGAGUACCUCGCCGUGCUCCGCUCCCUCAUGCCGGCCUCCUACGUGCAAAGGGGCGACCAGGCGUCCAUAAUUGGCGGAGCAAUCAACUACGUCAAGGAGAUGGAGCAGCUUCUCCAAUCCCUGGAGGCGCACAGACACGCCCGCCGCGCACGCACCGACGCCGCCGCCGCGUUGCCAUUCGCGGGCUUCUUCACGUUCCCGCAGUACUCCAUGAGCGCCGUGCCCACGACAACCACCACCACUGUAGCAGCAGCAGCAACGGAAAACGGCAAUGCCGUCGCCGGCGCCGGCGCGGGCGACGACGCGGACGCGGACGUGUCGGGGUCGAAGCCGUCCUCGGUGGCGGACAUCGAGGUGACGAUGGUGGAGAGCCACGCCAACCUGAAGGUGCUGUCGCGGCGGCGGCCGAGGCAGCUGCUGAGGAUGGUGGCAGGGCUGCAACACCACCGCCUCGCCGUGCUCCACCUCAACGUCGCCAGCGCCGGCCACAUGGCUCUCUACUCCCUUAGCCUUAAGGUGGAAGAAGACUGCCAGCUCACGUCGGUGGACGACAUCGCGGCGGCGGUACACGGGAUCGUCGAGACGAUCGAGCAAGAGCAGCAGCAGCAGCAGAAGCAGAGCUGUAGCUAGAUCAGCUAGAGUAUUUUCUUAGAACAUUUAGCAAUGGCAAAAAUGGUCAAUAUUAAUAUGCGCCAACCGUGUGUAAUGUGUGCACUUUCGAUUCUUCUAGAACUCUGUACGCUGGAUGCACAUGUACCGCAGUUACUACACCCACGUACAUUUCUGUAGUUCAUCUUCACUUCAAUUAAUGCAUCAUGGUCUACCACUCUGUACUUAUAAAAGAAGUCGUUUAGAAUAAUAUUUAAGUCAAACCUUGAGAAUAUAAAUCA